AUGACACUAGUUACUACUAGAAAUACUACUAGAGCUCGUUAUAACAUACCAGCAACUGCAACUAAUUCUUAUGACUCUGGCUUCGUGGUACUCCAAGGUACAACAUACUGGACGGACCUGUUCGUCCGGCACUUCCUUUUCCAAGCGGAACACACGAUCGACGGCGACGACCUGCUCUUCUUUGUCCGCAAGAAACACGUGAAGACCUCGUCCAGGUAUCUGCCGAAGUUCGAGACGGAGGUGGACGUGUUCCGCAAGGACAGCAAGAAACUGCCGAUCGGCGAUCCCGACAUCGAUUGGGAGGAAACCGUGUACCUGAACCUGGUCGUACAUCAGUUCGACUACACGCUCACGUUAGCGAUCUGCACAAGAACAAGCCCCAAGGAAUUGCAAGUUCUACGGAGACACUCGCAAAAGGUGUACGCGAGCCCGAGUCGCCGGCGCAUGGAUGCCAAGGGUGAUCUCGAGGAGAUGACCUACCCGCACAUCUGCUUCAUGGUGGACAAUUUCGACGAAGUUUUCUGUGAUAUUCUAGUCAGGGACGGUGAGAUGGUGUGCGUGGAGCUGGUCGCGUCCGACAGAGAGGGCGCCAUUCAGGGUGUGAUCUUCCUCGGCUCUAUCCGGUACGACGCGCUCAAGAAAGUAUACGACGCGAGGUCUAGCUUGAGUACCAAGAUGGCGCAACGCAUGACCUUCGGCCUGUUUUCCGGCGCGGCUUCGCAGAGAAUAGAGUUUGUUCGGAUGAAAGGACCUCGUGGCAAGGGACACGCAGAAAUGGCUGUGACGAAGCCGAAAGGGUCAGGCGCUGAGACCCCGACCUCCGAACCCGGUUACUGCGCGACAGACUCGCUCUGGGACGCGGACUGGGACGACGCCGAGGAAUUGUUCAUGUACCGACACCAACGAAGGCUCUCGGACCCCAGCGCUAAUCUGAACAAUUUCGUUCGCGGUGGUUGGAGGACGAAGCCCGACACGGCGGCGACGAAGGCCAGAUCGGAGAACGAGGGUCUGGACUCGAUGGCGAACGGGCUGAGCGAGAUCGAGGCUGGGGACGUUCGUGACGCCGACCCACAGGAUAGCAGCUGGGGCGGCGGGGGCUCACCGGGAAAUCACAGGAGUCCUCGCGCCAGACGACGAAGAUCCCCGCUUCUGCCCGGCAAGCAACAACGUCCGAAGCAAAAGCAACGUAACUCGUGGGAACGGACCGGCAACGAGAACUCGCCGAGCCGCAAGGAGGCCUAUCACGAAACACACGGCCUCCAGAACCACCAGCACAACCAUAUCGAGGUCGGUAGCGAGAUACUGGUGCCGGCCGCGGCCUGCCUCACCGACGACAACGUCCGCCAGAAGCUGGACGCGGGCGCCAUAAUGGUCCACGGCAAGGAGGAACUGCCGUUGGGAUACGAGGACGAGCAGGACAAUAACAGGAAGCGCAGGCCGUACAGCACCGGGCAGAUCAAUCACGAGCGGAUCAACAACCUCGAGAACGACGAGGAGCAACGCCGUCUCAGCGACGACGAGGUGUUCAGGUCCAGGCGGCCGGACGGCCGGCGGCGGCUCCGCUCUGCCGGCUCCGACCACGAGGAAUACUACACGGCCAGGAACAAGAACAAAAACGAGGAGCAGUUGAAAGAUAAAAACGCGAACGCGCGGGUCGCGCGCGGCAACCUGACCACGCACAGGCAGAGCGCCACCCUGCCCAGGCGGAGGCGAAGACGCGCGUUGUCCGGCAGCUUCGCUGGCAACCCGCUGCCGCCGCACCGCGUCACGCCAGACGGCACAGCGAUCUACUAUUGGUGCGAGCUCCCGCGCCGCCCCGGCUCACAGGAGCUGGACGACGGCGCUUAUAACCCGCUGUGGACGAUGAGAGGAUUCACUCAGACGUUCCACUUCUGGAAAGAGACCAGGCGGGCACAGUCCGUUCCCCUCAAUGCAUUUCUCACCUACAUCACGUUGCCCUGGUGGAGCAUUGCCAAAGAUAUUCUUGAUCAUCGAGAAGGACCUAUCCUGACGUUCUAGCCAACGUGAGGCUCUAUUUUCAAUCCGAACGAGUCCCUUACUUGUCAUUUGAUUUCCCACUUUGUACGCGCUUGGACAGAAAACUGUGGUCCAAUGAAACCGACGAUAUGUAUAGACGAAGAAAUAAACGAGAUACUAUU